CAUGUAUCUCAGUGAACGCCCCCACACUGGGGCAGGAAACUCUAUCAGAAGUGAUAAACGAAUGAGUGUGAGGCAACAAACAACACUAGAAACCACAGAGUUAAGGAUGAAUAGAAGUAAAGACAAUCGUAAGUUAAAAGAUUAAUUAUAUUAUUGGGAAGAAAAUAUCGAAAACAAAAAACAGAAACGCAAAGAUCAAUUGAAAGAGGAAGUGUAAGUGAGAAAGAAAAAAAAUCUAAAGGGCCGGGCUGCCUCAGUCAUCUUUCAUUUACAGUUUUGGUUGGAGAUCACAUGAAUGGAUGUCACCUUGCACUGCGUUUUCCCCUUCGACUGUUCAUGUGAAACACAUCUGCUACACUAGCGACAAGGACUGGAUACACUACCGUGAGACCAUGGACUGCUAGGACAUCAACACGACUGCGUUUUUCCUGUUGUUCCUGGGUGACAACCUAAUGAAACACCACACCUUUUUCUGCACCGAGUUUGGAUAAUAUAUUCAGGAUGACCAGUAUCUGAGGACCUCAGCAUAAAUGAACAAGGAUUGUUGUCUCUCAAUGCUUUAGAGCAGACCUUUCAGAUCUGGACCAAUGACAAGAAAAUGAAUAACAGCACAGAAUGUGAAAAUACAACAAUACCUAACGAUAUUAAAGAAUACCAGCGUUACACCUAUGCAAUCAUCUACACAGUAAUCCUGGUUCCAGGAUUGAUCAGUAAUGUUUUGGCACUUUGGGUUUUCCAUGCAUAUGUGAGGGAAACAAAAAAAGCUGUGAUCUUCAUGAUCAACCUGGCAAUUGCUGAUCUGCUCCAAGUACUUUCAUUACCUUUACGAAUAUACUACUAUCUGAACCAAUCCUGGCCCUUUGGCCAUGCUCUCUGCAUGUUUUGCUUCUACCUAAAAUAUGUCAACAUGUAUGCCAGCAUUUACUUUCUUACAUGCAUAAGCAUAAGGCGCUGCUUGCUUAUAAUCUAUCCUCUGCGUUACACAGCAACAAAACGGAGACGAGACCGCACAUGGUGCGCAAUAGGUUGGUUCAUCGUUUGUAUCGGAUGUCUGCCCUUUCCUUUACUGAGAAAAAACAAUGAAAAGGUAGAUUACAUCUGCUUCUCAGAGCUACCUAUGGUGUCUCUAUCCUUGAUAAAUGGAGUGACUCUUGUCACACUGGCAGAACUCAUUGGUUUUCUGUUACCUCUAGCAGUCAUCCUCACUUGCACAUGGUUAACUGCUGCAAGUCUGAGUGAAACUAGCUGUGUCCUUCAAGAUGCUGGAGAAAAGCGCAAAGCUCUGAAGAUGGUGGUAAGCUGUGCAGGUGUCUUUCUGGUCUGUUUUAUGCCUUAUCAUGUCACCUUUCCUUUGGACUUUUUAGCUAAAUCAAAUAAGCAUAUGAGCUGUGCGUUCAGGACUUCCAUCCUACGCUCCCAUCCUAUAACCUUGUCUUUGGCCAGCUUUAACUCCUGCCUGGACCCAGUGAUGUACUAUUUCACCACUGAUGAAUUUAAGCGGCGUCUCUCAAGGCCAGAGUUGGUUGAAAGCUUUCAUUUGCACCGCAGGUUGUCCUGCUCAACUGAGGUGAAAGCAUUGCAGGCUGAACAAGAAGAAGAAAUAUGAAAAUAGUGAUUCAUUAACGAUAGUAAGACCUUACUGAUGUCAUUAACACUGAGGGAAGCAUCAGACUAUGAAUGCAGAAAAUGAAAAUAAAUCCAAAAGCCAAUUUUAGACCAAGUUUACUACAAUAGUCUUUAAAGAAAGACAUACAAAUAUACAUAACCUGCACAAUAAUGUGGGUUCAGUAAUGUAAUAUUAAAAACGGUUAAUGCUGUUUAACUAUUUAUGAAUGCAUAUCAUGGUCU